CCCAUCUGGCCUCAUUUUUGCCCAUUCUGAUAUGCAAAUGUCUGUCAUCUGACCUGUUUUCAUGCUCACUGAGUUUUAAAAUGUGUCUCAUAUUUGAACCCGUUAUUCUGCAGGGAUAUCCAGCUCCCUAUAAAACUGUCUCAGCCAGGGCAGCAGCCCCAACUACUGUUCUCCGCCUUCCUGCACAGGCUUUCCAAUCUGUCUUUGAGAAAUACCCAGAGACCCUAGUCCGAGUUAUUCAGAUCAUCAUGGUGCGUCUUCAGAGAGUUACCUUUCUUGCCCUUCACAACUAUCUAGGCCUGACCACAGAACUUUUUAAUAAGGAAAGUCAAGCUGUUCCACUGGUCUCAGUGGCCAAUGUUGUAGGAGAAGCCAGUCCAGGCAAAGGGAUCCGCAGACACUCACAGACAAUUGAGGAAGUUUCUGAAAAGUUCCCGCAGAGGUCAACAGACCGUUAUAGUGAGACAAGUCAGAUGUACAGAGGAGAGGAUGGUGGGAAGCAUCGUACAGAAAGUCCUACCACUUUAUUCAGGAAGUCUCGCUCACUGUCAACACCUUUUGAUGGCACCCAUGCUGGGUCUCCUGACCACAAUAUGGCCUUUGACAGGGCAAGCGUUACAAAAGAGGAAGCCCCUACAAGUCCUAUUGCCAUUCAUAAGUCUAUAAGGAAGAAGUCGGUGACAAUGCAACAUUCUCCUUCAGCUGUGUUUUACUACUCAGACACUGGGGGGCACUCCAGCCACAUCCACCAUUGUAAAGUUAAUACCGUUUUCCAAGCUGCCAAGAAGGACUUGAUUAAAAUUAUUCAGCUUCAGGACCCCAGUCUUCUGGAAGAUAGGGUGACUUUGAGACAAGUUAAAGCGGGCUCUGUUGUUGCGAGCGAGGGAGAUCAGGAUGUGAGCGUACAGUUUGUAAUCUCAGGAACUCUCCAUGUGUACCAAAGACUGAUUGACAGAGAGGAAGAAACGUGUCUUUUUGUGGCUCACCCUGGAGAGAUGGUGGGCCACCUGGCCGUUCUCACAGGAGAGCCUCUCAUCUUUUCUGUGCGCGCCCACCGUGACUGCUGCUUCCUGUCCAUCUCCAAAACACACUUCUAUGAGAUAAUGCGUGCUGAGCCUCGAAUAGUGUUAAAUGUAGCUCACACGGUGGUACGGAGGGUCUCCUCCUUUGUCCGACAGAUUGACUUUGCCCUGGACUGGAUGGCAUUGGAGGCCGGACGGGCUGUCUAUAGACAAGGUGAUAAGUCAGACAGCACUUUCAUUGUUCUGAGUGGACGUCUGCGUUCUGUCAUCAUGAAGGAUGAUGGGAAAAAAGAGCUUGCUGGAGAGUAUGGGCGGGGAGACCUCAUUGGUGUGGUGGAAGCUUUGAGUCAUUUAAACAGAGCCACUACAGUCCAUGCAGUCCGAGACUCUGAACUGGCCAAACUGCCUGAAGGAGCUCUUAACUCUAUUAAGAGGAAAUACCCACAGGUUGUGACUCGCCUGAUUCAUCUUCUUGGGCAGAAAAUUCUGGGCAACAUGCAGCAAGUGAAUGGUCCACUAUCAGUGCGCAGUCUGGGUUUUCACACCCCAAGCAGUAAGUGGGACGCAGGUAACCCAGCCGCCAAUCUAUCUACUAUCGCCAUACUGCCUGUGUCUGAGGAGGUGCCUUUGACUGCCUUCACGCUAGAGCUGCAGCAUGCUCUCAGUGCUAUUGGCCCCACUUUGCUCCUAACCAGUGACAUCAUCAGACAGCACCUGGGUGUUGCAGCCUUGGACAGUGUUCAUGAGUAUCGUUUGUCAAGCUGGUUGGGUCAACAAGAGGACAUCCACCGGAUUGUUCUGUAUCAGUCUGACAGUUCUCUGACUCCUUGGACUCAACGUUGCAUCAGACAGGCGGACUGCAUCAUCAUAGUGGGUGUGGGGGAACGGGAGCCCACUGUGGGAGAGCUAGAGCGAAUGCUAGAGAGCAGUGCUGUGAGAGCUCAGAAGCAGCUGGUCCUGUUGCACCGUGAGGACGGGCCUCCACCAAGAGGAACAGCAGAAUGGCUCAACAUGCGCAGCUGGAUCUCUAGACAUCAGCAUCUGUCAUGUCCCCACAGGGUCUUCUCCAGGAGGAGUCUGCCUAAACUGAGAGAGAUGUAUCAGCGGGUAUUUGAGAAGCCUCCCGACCGGCAUUCUGACUUCUCGCGUCUGGCUCGGAUCCUGACAGGCAACGCUAUCGCUCUGGUGCUGGGAGGAGGGGGGGCCAGAGGCUGCUCUCAGGUGGGCAUCAUUCGGGCGUUGAGUGAGGCUGGGAUCCCUGUGGAUCUGAUUGGUGGCACUUCCAUUGGUUCCUUGAUAGGAGCGCUCUAUGCUGAAGAGCGAAGCGUCAGUCGUAUGACGGUUAGGGCACGCCAGUGGGCCAUGGAUUUUGGAUCCUUAUUUAAGAAGAUCACAGAUUUGACGUACCCAGUGACAUCCAUGUUUACUGGAGCAUCAUUUAACUCCAGCAUUAGUGGAAUCUUCCAGGAUAAACAAAUCGAGGACCUUUGGAUCCCUUAUUUCAACAUCACCACAGACAUCACAGCCUCCUCCAUGAGAGUGCACACUGAUGGUUCUCUGUGGAGGUACGUGCGUGCCAGCAUGUCUCUCUCUGGGUACCUUCCCCCUCUGUGUGACCCUAAAGAUGGACACUUACUCAUGGAUGGAGGCUACAUCAAUAACCUACCUGCUGACACAGCUCGCUCGAUGGGUGCCAAGUUGGUAAUUGCCGUUGAUGUUGGCAGUCAGGAUGAGACUGAUCUGACUAAUUAUGGAGACUCUUUAUCUGGAUGGUGGCUGCUAUGGAAACGCUUGAACCCUCUGUCAGAAAAAGUAAAGGUGUUGAAUAUGGCAGAGAUUCAGACUCGUCUGGCUUAUGUGUGUUCUGUGCGUCAGCUGGAGAUGGUAAAAGACAGUGACUACUGCGAGUACCUGCGACCACCCAUAGAUCGCUAUGGCACUCUGGACUUUGGCAAAUUUGAUGAGAUUGCUGACGUUGGCUACCAGCAUGGGAAGACCGUGUUUGACGUGUGGUGUCGGAGUGGGGUGAGGGAGACGAUGCUCAAGGACCAACAUCAAGAGGAAUUCCACAAAUCCAGGAGCACUAAUGUGACCCGUCCCAAUGCUUCUUUCACUGAUCUGGCUGAAAUAGUGUCCAGAAUAGAGCCAGUGAAGCAGGCCGUGGUGGAUGAGGAGUCUGAGUACCAGACAGACUAUGAUGAAGAUGCAGUGCUAUCAGACUUUGACCUGUCCAAUCCAAACAGUGAACACAGUGAGCAUUCUGAAGAUGAAGAGGAUGAGACCGCAGAUACAGCUGAUACAGAUGAUGAAAUGGAGAUCAGGACAAGGCGACAUCGAGCACUCAACCACAACAGCCAUCAUACCACCUGACCUCAAAUACUUUUUUCCAAGAUGUUUUGAUUUUUUUCUUCUUCUUUACAGUAUUAUCAGCCUUUAAAAGGGUUUUUAAAGGAUUUUAAUAAGUAACAUUAUCAGUAUUGGAAUUGACUUCCUUGAAUUGUUAGAAACUGACAUGUACUUAAGAGAAAAAGCAAGUAUUAUGGUACAUCUACAUUAAACCACUCUCAUUUUUUAUUCUUUGGGAAGGAUGGCUAACACAACACUAAGCUGUCUCAGAGUCCAGUAACAAUUGCUAAAACUCUGAAACAAAGUGGUUUUCUUGCCUUAACUUUUAGUAUUACAUUUCAAUUUCAUGCAAGCUGUUAAUGCAACCUCAACACAGUUUACUGUGUGAAACGAUAAGCUGUUUUGUGUCUAUAUUAUCCUGUUAGUGAAGUUAACACUAGUCCAACUGGUUUAUAACCAGAAGAGAAGGAUGAACUAGUAAACAUAACUGAGAGAUAUCCUGAUUUCAGUAUUUGUAGCCAUUUAUAUGUUGGUAAAUCACUAUAUAAACAGUCCUUUUAUUGUGGAUUAUGGGUGAAGUGUUGAUUGAAGCAGUUGGCAAUGUUUUAAUGUGUUAUUUGCCUUAUUAAAAGUUCAGUUGUCUGAAUAUUUGGUUGGUUGUUAAAUAGAUAUCUAGUAUCUCACAUGAUGAGGAAUCAUUUUCCUUUAUCUUCUGAACCGAGAGUUCAUUGUACUAUGAAAACAUGUAGAGAUGCCUGAAAUAUCUGGAUCUGUAGUGUCUUCCUCAAAAAUGGAGCAAUCACGGCAAAAUCAUUUUCAGGACCUUGGACAAGGCCUUAAAGAUGGCCUUACAAAAUGUUUUCAAUUCAAUGUUGGGGAAUAAUUUAUGAAAAAUUAUUCUGCAACUGAAGAAAA